AUGAAUCGUGAACGUGAACAACUGCAAAAGCUCGUUGAACAAUGGAACGAGAAUCGACUGGAUCUGUUCCAUUUAUCACAACCAACUGAGAAUCUCGAAGUUGAAGGAGUGAUGCGAUUCUAUUUCCAAAAUCAAGGAGAACGCGUGUCCACAAAAUGCAUCCGCGUCUCUUCAACGGCCACAACAAGAGCCGUCAUUGAUGCAUUGGUGGAGAAAUUUGUGCCCGAUUUAAGAAUGCUGACAACACCCGAAUAUUCAUUGUGGGAAGUACAUGAAGGUGGUGAAGAGCGUCGUUUGGAGAUCGAUGAGAAACCGCUGGUCGUUCAAUUAAUGUGGCACAAAGAUGAUCGAGAGGGACGAUUUUUGCUCAAGAAUAACGCCAAUCCAUAUGUGCCUUUAUCGGCUCUUCAACUUCACGAUAAAGAAGAUGCAACAAUCAAGCAUUUCUCGAAAAAAUCGAAGGAUCACGAGAGAAAGAAACCGAAAAUUGUGUCUGUGAAUGCUGGACGAGAAGAGAAAUACUCACCACCGGAUAUUUAUCAACAAAUCCCAUCGACAACAUUCACGAGAACGAUCUCCAAUCCAGAGAUUGUCAUGAAAAAGAGACGGGAAAGGAAAUUGGAAGCGAAACUCAACGAAAUCGGGCAAAUGGGUGGGAGUCUAAAGAUCUAUGGCAGUCAACUCGAUCCAACUCGUCCCUAUGUGACUCUCUUGUUGAGUACAAGGGACACAACACAACAUAUUGUACGAGAAGCGCUCGAGAAGUACAAUCUUCUUGCACACAUUCAUCCGAAUGAUGUCUCGCUUGUUGAGUCUCUUUCCCCGCCAGACGAGCGUCGAUCUAUUGCCGAUCUUUCGCAUAUCGGAUCACCGAAUGAACGAAUUCUCGAUCCCAAUGAAUGUCCGCUGCUUACGAUCGGAAAUCGUGGCCCAGGCGCACCUGAGGUUUUCUUCUAUCUCCGACAUCGACCUUCGCAUUAUAAACAGAUCUCCUCAACAUCGAUCGAAAUGAUCUCACGGGUUUCGGAGCCAAAGAGGGGUGGAGCAACGGAACCGAAUUUCAUUCUUCUAUCACAUGGCAUUUCUCAAGGCCAACUCCUUCCAAUUAAACAGGGAAUCACUGAAGUUGGCUGUGAUGAGGCUUUGGCUCAAUUCUCUCCACAAAAUAUCAUUUUGGAAGCGGUUGGAGUGAAGAAUCGUCACUGUGUGAUCACUUUCGAGGAGGGAGUUGUGACGAUUACACCAAGCUCCCAAGAUGCACACAUUGAAGUAAACGAUCAUCGAAUCAUUCAAACGGCAAUUCUCAAUGAUCGGGAUGUGAUUCGAUUGGGAGCCGACUGUUUUCUACGAUAUCUCCAUUCAAGAACAAACGCUCAAAUCGAGUCACACUUCACACCUCGAUCCUCACUUUCAACGAAUCUCGAUCAGAUCAGGUUAUCGGUCUCAUCGAUGGGCUCAACGACACAAAAUGCGCCACAUCACGAUCAACAUGGGCAAUCCGGAGAUCAUGCACGACCAAUCUACGAGACAGCUUAUCGAGUCCCUUCAAACAAUCACAACAACAAUCAUCUCAUCGAUGGCCUGCCGAUUCCACAAGGACCACCGAUGGUCAUCCAAGUGAACGACUACAGUGUCUGGGACUUUUUCAAUGAGGUUCUUUCUCGUGGUUCCGAGGAGGCUCAUCCAUUUCGCAGCCAGCUUGGCGAAUUUGAUAAUCCAGAAGUGCAUCCAUUUCGUCUCGCUCCAUCAUUCGCCCUCUACUUGUCCCUUCGUUUCUUUCAUUCUCAUCAAAAACCGUAUCUCGUUCAAUUUAUCACCAGAAUCGCCACUCAACUCAAUCACAAAGCACAGGAAUGUGACCAAUCUGACGAACUGUUAUUCUGGUUGGCCAACUGUUCCGAAUUGGCAUUUCUGAUCGAAAGUGACUAUGAAUUGCAACCAUUAGCCCAACAAAGAGGAGCUUCCUUAUCGGCGUGUGUUGAGCCAUUGUUGAGGCGCGUUGUGGAUGUGCUCUCUUCUCAUCUCAUUCCAUCAAUCGAUCCAUUCUUCGAUGAGAAUAUUCCCGAUCAACAAGCAACAAGUGAUGUCCUCGCCAUUCUUGACGGAUGUGUCCGAUGUGCACGAGGUGUUCGUUUAAAUGCUGCUCUCACAAUACAGGUAGCCAGUCAUUUGCUGCACACUCUCAACGUUGUUCUCUUCAACACACUCGUCGGAAAACGACCCAUGAAGGAUCUUCAUUUAUCGCUCUCGCUGGGUGAACGUUUAAAAGCACGGCUCUCGCUUGUGAUGGAAUGGGCGGAAAGAAACGGAUUGGAAUUAGCAGCUGAAUGUCAUCUACACACAAUACAACAGGCUUCAAUCUUCUUGGCUGCAUCAAAAACGAAUGUUGAAGAGAUGGGAACUGCGUGUGACAAGUUGAACAGUCUACAGAUCAAAUAUCUUCUGGACCACUACCGUGUGAGUGAGAACGAGCCGCCGAUGGAAGAACGAGUGCUGCAAUCGGUGAUUCAACUUUCUGAGCGCCAUGCUGACGUGGUGCAGGGAGAAGGACGCCAACUUGAGGAAAAUUCGGCUUUCCCAUUGCCGUUCUUACUACCUCAGGAGGGAUAUGUGGCCGAACAACUUCACGGUGCCCCCGAGUCUCUUCUCGCUUAUGUUCUUCGUCUCCAGCAAAGAGGAUUUCUUCAUUCAGCUGCUACUCUCGAUCCACGAUCUUCAUGGAUUGUCAAACAGCCGAUUCCGGGAGUCAUUAAUACUCAUGCUGCCCAGAAUGGUGCCACUCCAUCACCAAACCCUGUACCCAACGGAUUUGCCCAACAAAUGCCGAAGACAAACUUUGGAGAAAGCUUUGAAAGUUCACUUGGAUUUGUGCCACCUCCGCCAAUCUCAUCUCUACCAACACAACGAGUCAAUGAAACGAGGAAGAUUUCAUUGCAAAGAGGAUCCCGGGGAAUUGGCUUGUCGAUUGUCGCGGCUCAGGGAGUUGGCGAUCCGCAUGUUGGCAUCUAUGUAAAGAAAGUCGUUGAUGGAGGACCGGCAGCUUUGGAUGGCCGAUUAGAAGCCGGUGAUCAAUUGUUGUCAGUAAAUGGGAUGCCUUUGAUCAACAUUACACAAGAAGAAGCUGCUCAACGAAUGGGAAGUGCCGGCGCAAAUGUGGUAUUUGAAGUGCGGAAGGGAGCGGCUCUUGGCAAUGGAUUGGCGCAAUGGUUAUGUCAGACAACACCGCAAACACCAUCAAUGGGCGCCCCUACUCCAGCGAGCCAACAGCCGAUCAUACAACAUCUUCCACAGCCGCCCACUCUCAACAAACCACAGCAACAAUCGUAUGUGCAACGGCAACCACCUGGUAAUAAAAUGAUUUCAACGACUUCAGUGGAAGGUCCACCGCGGCAUCAAAGGAGCGCUUCUGUCUCGGAGCUGUACUCAAAUGAUCCAAAUCAAUCAAUCUCUGGUCGAUCGAUCUGCUCAACGGAUUUUGCUCCUCCAUCUUCUACACAAACUUCGAUGACAUCAACGGGUGGAUCAACGCGCCUUCCUUCACGGUAUCGACCCACCGUCAUUCAACCAGGACGAGCCUCUUCGGGUGCACAAAGCCCGUCAGCUCUUCGAAAAACGGCGCCCAGUCCGACGAACUUGAAUGCGCAUCAACCUCAGGAAUUGCGACCGUUUGCUAACAGUUCGCCAGCCUCGAUCUUCACUGAGAAGAGACCGAUCGCUCAUGUUCAACCGCCUCCAAUGAUGUCUUCUCAACAGCCGAAUCUCGUCUAUCACUCGAAUCAUCCGUCUACAUCUUCUCAUCAAUCAAUGCCCAUCCACGAAGAUCCUCGACCGUCAAAUGUUCCUGUUUUUAGAGCGACAUCUCUUGGCCCUUCUCCUCCAACUCGUUUAUCUCCACCGAUCUCUCAAUCGUCACCCAGAGACACGACGAGAUCCCUCAAAGAUCAUUCGCAUUUCCCCUUUGAUCCUUCGUCACCAUCAAAGGACAACUAUGCUAAUUUGCCUCUUCACCAAGAAAGGGAAUCUCCGCAAUAUGCUUUUCCGAGGGGAUCUGAAUGGAUUCGAUCCGCAAUACAACAGGGGUUCCCCCAACAAUUCCCCUCACAGCAACCGCAGUCCCAUCAACCACAAAUCCAGAAACCUCCUGUGCAACUUGUGAGAAAGGAGCCGGCAAUUGUCCGUCCCCUCAACCCAACAGUAUCAUCUCCGGGUCGAACUCCACUCGGUGAAUCGAAAACCACAACAACUUUUGGUGUCACCAAUGCUGUCCCUACCCCACUCCUUUUGGCCCAGCAACAGAAUGGUCGGCCAUCUCUUCCACUUUCUUCUCUUCAUUCACAUCUUCAUCAUACAGACGUCCGUAGAGGGGAUAUCAUGACAGAAUUGGAUAGAUUAGACACGAAAGCGAUGACCGAACAAGAGACCGAACGAUAUCGACAACUGUUGGAUGAGAUGGCUCAAGAGAGAAGAGGUAUGUCGGUGCCAGUGAGAAAGAUUCCAAUUCGCCACGAGACAGUAAUUGAUGAUGUUGAUCCACAUUUACAAAGGGAAAUCUCUCCGAUGCGCUAUUCACAUGACAUCGAACCGAUGGAUUCACCAGCAAUUAUGGGCUCAAAUGAAGUGUAUAGUGAUCCUCGUUUGAGACGACUCAACGAAAUUCAAGCGCAAAGUGCGACCACUCCAUCGGUUGAUGGCUCAAAUUUGGCCUUUCACGACAAGAUGAGACUCUUCGCCAAGCAAAUCGGAGAGAAUACUCCAAAAUAUCGGGCAAAAGAAAGCUCUGCUCAACGACACAUUGAACGCUCAAGU